AUGGCCGUUGCGCCUCCGCCGGCAGUACCAGCAGAGACCAUCAGCAGGGUGCAGGAGAUGGACAUCCGCCUUCGCACACAGUGGCCUCUCGAACCAUGCGUGCGGGAGGUCAUCCAGAACAUUCGCAUGGACAAUGCAGGUCGCGAUGAGACAACUACCAAAGUCGCGAGACAUUACUUGGCGCAGAGCGGCUCCCGAGCCAACGUCGAUUUCAGGGUAUCUUCCAAGGUUUCUUUGGCUGCGAACCUCGGGGUAGACCGUAAGAAUAUCUUGUCCACGUUGUACCGCACUGCGAGCAUGGUCGUGCACGUCGACAGGGGUGUUCGAUUCGCCGUGGAGUCGACGUUGGCUACAACUUUGCACGAUUGCGACCUACUGGUGUACAUCGACGCCAGCAUGAACGACGAGACGCCGCUCAAGCUUGGCCUCCAGCGGCAGAAUGAUCACAACAUCCAGCACACCCACAACCCUGCGGAGGCAUCGACUUCCCUGGCCCUGACCAUGCCAGGGAUGCCAGUGAUGUCUGGAAGAGAGAAGACGGCGGCCAAAAUAUUGCAAUCAAGAGAUUCGUGGGGAGUACUUUUCCGCAGACGAGAUGGUCAGCUCGCUGCUUGCUGGGGUCGUUCUAGCACUUGGCUUCAACUUCUUGACAGGACCACUGGGGAAGUCCUGCGCGAGGCCACGUGCCAACGGAGCAGCAUCACACAAUUCUGCGAAAAGUUCAAGAGCAAGACGAGGUUGACAUGCCUUGACAAGGCCGCUUCCAACGAGAAGGCAGAGAGGGCGUACCUCAAGGACCUGAACGAGGUUGCUGGUGGCUGGCAGCGUUUGCACAUCUUCUGCGAGGUGCACUUGGUUGCCUUGGCCCACAAAAAAACUUUCAAGCUGUGCGAUGCCCUCAUCUCGGGGCAAAUACAUUUGGCUCUUUCCAUCAACGAGGGCACGGGGUUCACGAGGUUCGCCAUGUGCGUCAAGAAGGCCGUGAAGGCUCGCAUGCAGCUUUCGCUUGCGUACCUCCCCAACGGUGACUGGCGCAAGAGGGACUGCGUGGAGGUGUACUUACCAGAGAACGCCACGCACGACGAGGACUACGUGAAGGAGGUCAUCUCGGAGUCGUUGACGAGAUGCCUCGUGGGGGCACGCUUCACAGUAUACAAUCGAAGCAAGUGGACCAGGAGCGACUCAGCGUGGGACGAGUUCUGCUUGCUGGAGGGGUGCCACGGCUUGGCAUCGGCCGCGUGGGAACGCUGGUGCCGAGAGGCGCGCGACCUUGCUGCCUCGCAGUUUGAUGGCGCAAACGCGCCGACGGUGCCGCAUGACACAGCUGCUUCUCUCCUCCACCUGGCCGCGGUGAUGGACGCCCCCAUGUAUGACAGCUCGGGCGACGCCAAUGUGCCCAAGCCCGACGCCGACAAGCACGAUAGUUCCAAACAAGCUCGGGCAAAUGCGCAUCGAGAAGAGCACGCGCUGCAUCGCCGCUUGGCUACGACAUUCUUGCAAAGCGACCCUUUGGGAUGUGCCCUGGUGAUCCGUCAGACUAUGGAGCCGCUCCGAAACCUCUUGAAGCAACACCUCGAACAUUGCGGAGUUCCGUACGCAGAUCGCCAGGAAGCUGCAGCUGCCCAGAGUUGUACCAAUGAGGGUGUACCUGGAGAGGGGCGCGCGUAUCCAAUCGUCGAGAGCGCCAUGGGACAGUUCGAGGCGUCCUUCCACCUUCGGGUCAAGCUUCUCAUGGACCACCCUGCUCUUUGGGUCGACUUGAUCGCGCCCGAGAGACAGACGCUCAGUCUCCGAGGCUUUGCGUUCAGGCUCCUUUCAGCAGCAGACUGCCUCAUCCAGGAGACCCUUGACUUGCACCACAGCACGUUCCCGAUGAAGAUGUUUCGUCUCUUAGGCGGCGCCCAAUCCUCAGACAUCACUUGUUUCCCCCCCUGCAUGUACGACGAUUGGUCCUGGGCAUUCCUGGAGAGAUACCGCGAGGACCCCGAUUUCGUUGACGGCGAUGUGGCUCGGGCAGAGUUGCGUCUCCAUGCGUACUUAGCAGGGGUGAACAUCGCACCUGUGGAGGCAACCCACUCUGCAGUGCGACGGCGGCUCUUCGCCAAGGGCAACCAGACGCACGCUGAGGGCCACGCGGAGCUCAGUGCAGAACACAUGCUGGACAGGGCAAGGCGUUUCGGGAAGGAGUGGGAGUCGACCUGCGAGCCGCAUCACAUCAACCUUGGCGGCCCUUGCGACCCAGAUGAUGACGGCAGUGGCCAGUCGAGCAAGCGCGGUGGCGGCGGAGCCUGGAGGGCUUUCGUUCGGCGCGAGAGCGCCAACUCGACUGGGCGUCCAGACCUGCGAGAAUUGGGGAGGAGGUACCGUGAACUACCAGAAGCCGAACUGGCCGACCUUCGAGUGGUAGGCAAACAUGCUACUGAGCAGUGGCGGGAUGGCGCUAAUGGUACAGCAGUUGGCAGCUCGUUUGGUCUCAGGGCCAAGGACGUCCAACGCGCGCUGCACAGGCAACGUCUGGAAGGCCUUGCGUCGAGGGCCGUCGCCAUUCAGUCCGAGGCCCCCGUGGUUGACACCGCAGUCUUGUGUGACAGCGCCAUCGCCAGCGCUGUGGUUGGACGGUCAUACGCCGAGGAGUUCGACCUCAAAGAGAUUUCCAAGUCUGCUCGUGCAACUUUGCGGUCUGAAUUGAGGGCACUGAAGAAGUGCGAUGAGGACUCGUUCAAGUGCCUGACCGAAUGGCAACGCAUUCAGAAAAUCGACGCCGAGAAGACGCUCUACGAGACCGUGCCUGGCCUUGAGAUCUGCAAGGAGUCCAUCGAUGCGGUUCCGAACUGCCGUCAACACGUCUACACCGUCAAGCACCCGUGCGAGCUCUCCGCCGCGAGCGCGGCAGUGGUGUCGAACUCUACCAGCACCUCGAACCUGAACAAGUAUUUGGAAGAGUUUUGGACAUCGCUGCACAAGCCGAUCAUGCAUCAGGAGUGCCGCCCCAUCGGCAAGGCCCCGAAGGCGCCCAUCAAGCCCCCGUGCUAUACCGUUGGCAGGUGCUUGUGUGGCCCAGCAGGCACGCGAUUGCUCAAGUUACGUGCUCGCUUCCACGCCUUACUUAAAUUACCAACGAGGAAGAACACUGAGGGAGCAGACCUUCUUGCCAGCCGAAAGCUGUUCUUGCACUUGGUCGGCGAGUCGCCGCUCGAGGAGUCGCCUUGGCGCGCUGCGUGCGGCGAGCAAUCGCAGCCUGUCCUGGACGUGUGGUGGCACAUCAGCGCCCACAGCCUGAACCCCUUCAGGGGCACCUACCGCGUCCUCGACUUCUGCUCUGCGGAGGAGCGCUCUGGCGUAGAGGAGGUGUUGCUCAAGGCUACCGACUCCAAGCUGGUUGACUGGGACGCGUUCGCCACGUUAUCACGGGAUGUUUCGUGGGCGCGUGAGUUCUACGUCCUUUGCGAGGGCGGGCGCAUCGUUGACAACUUUCGCCCAGGAGACGUACUGGUUAAGAGGUUAGUUACCGAGCCUGUCCCGUUACCGUUCUGGGACCCAACGAAGCCCAUUAGUGGGAUGCAUGGCGACACGGACGGGCUUGGCGAUGGAGAUGCAGAUGAUGCAGGGCACCUGGACGACAAGGGCGACGACCACGAGUUCGGGGACGGCGCGAGCGACGAGGAGGGCGACCAUUUCGAGCACGACGUGGGCAGCGACGAGGCGUCCGCUGAAGCGGACAGCGAGGACAUCCGAGGCGCCGAAUGCGUCGACCAACGUGUUCUGGCAUAUGCCCGCUGUCUGCGCGCAAGCUCGAAGUGGCCCCGCAUCCCCGAGGCAUUCGAACUUGCCGCCGCAGCCGAGGGGGGCAAUGCCAGCAUCGCGCGUUGGUCGACGCGUUUGUUCACGAGGAUGGACCAGCAUCUCUCGAUGAUGAUUUCUGGUGGGAUUUUCUUUCUCUAUCGGAUGGCGGUGAUUCUGAGCCCCUGGCUGGCGACGAGGGCGACGUGCACGUGGUCAGCGACGACGGCGGAGACGGUGUUGGCCCUCACGAACCUCAUGGGGGUGAUGGCGGUGGCGGUGCUGGGGGAAGCCAGGGGGCCCGCAGUUGGCCUUGCAGAUCGCGGGCACGCAGAUGCGUUUUUCAUUCACCCGCACGGCACAGUGAAGUACUAUGCACGGUACGAACGUUUCGAGGCAUCGUGCAACGUGUGCCCUAGGAUCGGAGGGAAGCCGUGCAGGCUCACCCGCACCAGCAGGGCUCGGGAUGGGAAUGCCGCGCAGGGCCGCCCCAUGGGCGCGAUCUGGGCGUGGUUGGAUUGGGGCCCAGAAGCGCUGGCCCGCAACAUUCCCCACAAAGCCCCGCUUCACAUGCUUGUAGCCCUCCCACAUGCAGCCCGCCGCGCAGCGAGGCAUGCGUACAGAGUCAUGCCAGGCGGCGCCGAUAUCACAGCAUACGAGCGCCCCCAGAGGGAUGGCGAGGACUCCGAGCCAGACGGAUUGGCUUGA